AUGGCAAACCCCAAGUUAUUUCCCGAGACCUGCUCUUCCCUCCUGUUCAAGGAGAUUGUGAUCUCUAAUGUCCCUGCGACUUGUCCAACCACCACUGAAGUCAUUCUUCUAAUCUUGAAUCGUCCGAAAAGAUUCAAUGCAGUGACAGAGAGUAUGCUCGAGGAGAUUAUUACUGCACAUCGGUAUUUUGACGCCGAUGAUCGUGUCAAAGCAAUCGUGAUAACGGGCGCUGGGCCAUCGUUCUGUGUGGGCGCGGAUCUUGAGGUCGGCUUUUCCAAACUUGUCAAGAAUCUGAAACAAGACCCUUCAUCCAUCGGAACUUACAGAGAUGGGUAA